AUGGCUGUGAAAGUUUCUCAUUGGCGCAGCUAUCUGUGAGUGAUACUUUCCCACGAAGGUCGGAGGAUGGAGCAUUUCCAGAGGGCAGAGAAAAUCUUGCUGACUGUGCUGGAGAAGGUCACUGCCAUGGAUUUCAGAUUUAUAGCUGAUUAUUCAAGAAACCUGGAAGCUUUUGAAUUUGCCCUCUGUACCUCAGAGAAUGCAGUAACUGUGGGGGUUCCCUUGUGGAUUGCAGCUGAUGCCCUCUGUGACCAUGCACUCCUAAGGCUUUAUGGAAAUAUGUUUAUGAAUGUAUAUAUGUGCUCUAGUAAACAGGGCCAGUCAGAGACAGUUACCAAUGGGCACCAUCAGAUGUCAGGCUGCUGUGACCUAGGAGUGCCCAAAGAAGGAGCUGGCUGGGAAAAUUGGACCAGAGAGGAUGUGUUCAGUGUGGUGGACAGCGCUGAGUGCAGGGGGCACAUACUGCCAGGCAAGGUCCUUAGGCUCCUGAAAGAGCUAAUUUUCAUUGCCAUUGUCCACUGCAGGCACCAGUUCCUCAUUAAGCCAGGUGACCUCAGCGCUGAAAGCCUAAAGGAAGAAGGUCUGCAGCUGUCCCUGCUGCUGUCCCGUGGCUGGAAAAUGAUCAGGUUCAACAUUAUCCCUGUGGUGCAGAGAAAGCAGAGUGCUCUGAAACUCCACAACAGAUGCAGAGAAGGAAGUUUUGCAGAAGGCAGCCUGCAAAAAGUAACACGGGCUGACUUCGUCCCCAGCAGCUACUAUCACUGGAGGUACUCCACCAAUUUCCCUGUCAUAAAACUGCUCCAUAUUGCAGGCACACAGAAGGGCCACCAUCUGGACAGCCUUCGCCUACUGGACCAGGUCAACAGUGAGGUCUGGAAAGAAGAGGGCAGGAAAUGAGGGCUCACAUUUAAUCACUUAAAGAUAUCCGUUAAGUGGGCAGUCGUGAUGUUCCCUUCCCCUGAGGACUGGGAGGACCUGGAAGGAUCAGUCUAUAGGCUCCUGGUGAUCCUGCUUUGUUGCUUAGCAACCAAAAAUCUCCCCCACUUCCUAUAUCCAGAAGAAAAUCUUUUCCAAGGAGAGGAUCUAGACCUGAGUGCUUUGUACCACAGAGUCGAGGGGUUUGCCAGCUCACCAGAGCACUUCCUCAAGUGCCAUUUCACCCAAGCAAGGCAGAACAAUCACCCGUGGCUAGACAAUGGUAUCAAGACCUCGCUGCAGCUCCCAGAUCAGGACGGAGCCUACUAGGACCCAGCCUACUUUGAUGUGCUGCUUAGUAAGUUCCAGGUUUAUCACAUCCAGGACAAAGAACAGAUCUCUGCUCUGUCGAACAUCUUGUCAAAGACCGAGAAGGUGGUUAAUGACCAAAGCUGA